AUGGCAACCAACAAAAACCAGAAGCCACACGCUAUAAUGGUGUCCCUUCACCUUCAGGGCCACAUCACCCCCUUCGUCAACCUCGCCCUCAAGCUCGCUUCCAAUGGAUUCACCAUCACUUUCGCCCAUCUCCACUUCGUCCACCGCCAGAUCUCGGAAUCCCAACCCCCCACCACCGCCGCCUCCGCCGCAUCGGACGACGACGUCUUCUCCCGGGCCCGUCCCUCGGGCCUCGACAUCCGCUACACUAUCCUUAGCGACGGGCUCCCCAUCGAUUACGACCGGGCCGCCAAUUUCGACCGGCACCUCGAAUCGUUCAUGUACCAGCUGCCGGACCACGUGGACGAGCUCGUCGGAAAAUUGAUCGCCGCGGACCCAUAUUCCGACUAUUUCCUGGUCGCCGACAGUCUCUGCAUCUGGCCGGAAAAGAUCGCCCGCAAGCACAACCUGGUAAACGUCUCCUUCUGGACAGAGCCCGCUUUAGUCUUCUCCCUUUACUACCACUUAGAUCUAUUGAGAGAAAACGGGCACGUCCCCGUUAACGGCCGGCGGGUGAACGUCGAUUACAUCCCUGGAAUCCCAUCGAUUAACACUAAAGACUUCGUAUCAUAUUUUCACGAUUCAGAUUCAGAUCUCACUCUGCUCCACAAGCUAAUGUUUCGGGCUUUCGAUGCAAUAGCGAAAAGCCUUCUGCCCGAAUUCGACCCAACGGAGUGGCUAAGCUCCCGGGCCCAAAUGUCGGUUCUCUAUGUGUCGUUUGGUAGCCUUGCAAAGGUGGAUAGGAGUGUGAUUAAGGAGAUUGCGAACGGGCUUUUGUUGAGUGGGGUUGAUUUUAUAUGGGUGGUGCGGCCCGGGAUAACGGGUAAUUUUGCUUGUGAUGGGAUUUUGCCGGAUGGGUUUGAGGAUAGUGUGAGGGGUAAAGGGUUAGUCGUGCCGUGGUGUGAUCAAAAUCGAGUCUUGUCGAGCCCGGCCGUCGGUGGAUUUUUAACACAUUGUGGGUGGAAUUCGGUGCUCGAGAGUAUAUGGUAUGGUGUGCCGAUGAUUUGCUAUCCCAUUUUUACGGACCAAAUACCGAAUCGGAAAUUGGUGGUUGAUGAUUGGAGGGUCGGGAUUAAUUUGUGUGACGGUGAGGUUAUCACAGGUGAUGAGGUUAGGGAUAAGAUCGGGAUUGUGAUUAGUAGCGACGGGGAAAGGUCGAAUGAGUUGAGGAGUGAAAUUGGGAAAGUAAGGGAAGUUAUGAAGAAUGGAGUGUCUAAAGAUGGGAGUUCUGAGAGGAAUUUUGCUUCUUUUGUUGAGGAUGUGAAGGGGGAGAUAGUAAGGAGGAAACUUCAUGGAUGUAAAGAAACAAAUAUGGGCUUUGUUGGGUAA